GUGUCGGACCCGGAUGUGGUCGGAUGGACGGAUCAGCUGAGGGUAUAAAAAGCUCGGAGCUGAGUCCGGCCUGGUCUCUGUCAGUGAAGGAGGAGAGAGGGGUUCGCCGGUUCGGCCUUUUUCGGAUGUCCAGCGGUUUUUCCCGAAGGAUCUGAGGCACACGAGGUGGGUCAGCUGAUUUCAUCCGCGUGGCGUGUCUGUGUGUGUAUGCGUGUGUGGGUGUGUGUGUUUAAUGUUGGCGUGUUAAACUCGGAACCUGUGGACCCAAAGUGGUGAUUUUCCCCUUUAAUCCGGUUCUAAUCCGGUUCUAAUCCGGUUGUAAUCCGGUGUUUCUGUUGAAGUUUGUUUGACUUUCUCUGUCAUGAUUCCCCUCUGAGCUGAGAGCUUCUCCUCUUUAUUUUCUUCAUUAUUUCCUCUUUUCUCACCCGAACCUUUGCUGGAAGGAUGACUCGUGGAAAAGUGGGUCACGUGGGUCACUCUGGGUCAUUUAAGGUCCGUGAAAUCGGCCCUGUUCGGCUGUGUUCGGCUGUGUUCGGUCCUGUUCUGGUCUGUUUGUCUUUGUGUUCCUGAUUGAUCCAGAGAGAGCUCGCUGCUGCUGCUCUCUCUGGAGCCCGGAGAAGUGCUCUGUCACGGGGUUGGCUGCUGCCCAAACUGGGCUGCCUCCACCUCCACCUCCACCUCCACCCGGAUCCAGACCCUCCUCCUGAAACCUGCAGACCUGCUCUCUGCAGCUGGAGGUUCACAGUUUUCUUCAGGCCUGAGCACGGACACACACACACACACACACACACACACACACACACACACACACGUGUCCCUCUGUUUCUCCUAGUGUGGAGCUCAACAUGGUGCAGCUGUCUCCCUCUCCUCCCCUGGAUGUCACCCCUCCACCUGAGGAGGGGGGGGACAGACACGAGGACCCUAAAGUGGGCGUGUCCUGUGGCCUGAACGCCCUGGAGGUCACCACGACCUACCAUGACUAUGAGAACUACAUCGAAGACGGCCUCAUCUGCCUCAAACACAAAGUCCGAAACCUGGAGAAGAAGAAGGUGAGAGGAGGAGGUGAGAGUUGGAUCAGGUUCUGGAUCAGGUUCUGACGGGUCUGUUUGGUCCACAGCUCAAACUAGAAGACUACAAGAAGAGACUGACCCGAGGAGAUGUUCUGAACAAGGACCAGAUGGUGAGACCAGGACCUGGAUUCAUUGAAAACCCUUAAAGAGUUUCUCGUCUUCGAUCUGCGGGUCUCUUUGUUUUUCAGGCGGCGGUGGAAAAAUACGAGGAGGUUCAACACAACCUGGUGUUCGCACAAGAGCUGCACAAAACUCUGGACAACCUGACCCAGACGGUGAGUGUGUGUGUGUGUGUGUGUGUGUGUGGACGAGGGGAGUGUGUGGACAGGUUAACUGUCCAACCCUCUUAUUCACUUCAACUUUAACUUUUUUAUGUCCAAAUAUGGGCAAAAACAGUUGAGGAGGUCAAAAGCAUUAAAGACGAUUUAGAAGGAGAAAAAAAAUCAGGUCAGUCAUGGCAGUAUUUUUACACGAGCAGAGAGGAUCAAAUAAAUGUGAGUUUGUGAACCGAUAAAAGAAACUCGAGAUGAAGCUUCAGCCUUCAAAGAUCAGCGAGAUCAGACGAAGAGCCGAUACCCUCCAAGAUCACAGCAAGAUCACAAUGAUUCACAAUUAUUAUAAUAAUGAUAAUAAUAAUAAUAAUUUUAUUUUAAUAAGUUUAGUGUUUGUUUUUUUUCACAAGUGAACCCAGAGAGAGCAGAGAGAGCGGUCACCACAUCAGAACCAGAAACAUCCGAGGAUCCAAACCGUCGCAGAAAAAAAACGUCCAAAUAUGAUCAGAAAAAUCAGCUGAUCAAAAACUAAAUCAGAGUUUAUUGAUCGAUCAGUGGAUCAUUAACCUGAUCAGUGAUUGUUGAUCGAUCGGCCCAUCUCAGAUCUCUCUCCUCUUGACUCCUGGUCCAGUUACUCCGAGCUCAGAAGAAGGCGGUGAAGAAGGAGGCGUCGGCUAAGAUGGAGGAGGAGAGGAGGCGUGUGAGCAUCAUGCUGCAGGUCCAGAACCUCCUCCACAGUCUGCAGCAGGAGAACAUCAGGAGAGACCUGCUGACCGGACAGAACCAGGCUCCUCGGAUCUCCUCCCAGCAGCUCCACAGUCUGACCCAGCUCCGCCCCCUGCUGGGAGUCCAGAGGAACAACAGGCUGAGGUGGGCGUCGUCCUCGGGGCAGGUGGGCGGGCGAGCGAGCAGGCGGGGUGUGUCUGUGUCUGUCUGACUCUCUCUCUCUCCCUCUCUCUCUCUCUCUCUCCCUCUCUCUCGCGCUCUCUCUCUCUCUCUCUCUCUCUCUUCUCCUCUCUCUCCUCUCUCUCUCUCUCUCUCUCUCUCUCUCUCUCAGUCUGGACGAGCAGAUGGACCGAGCCGCUCUGGUCUUCAUGGAUCUUCUGGACGGGAGCGACAAACCGGUGGUCGGAUCCACAUGUGAGUAAAAACCUGGAUGGAGGUCGGAGGUCAGCGCCUCUUCUCUCUAAAAGGUCCCCCUCCUCAUGAAGACCUCCUAAUCUCUGAGGAUUAAUAAUCUGAAUAAUUUAAUCAACCUAUCUGCUAUUCAGUCUGCCAAUCAGAGGAGGGUUUAUUACUGACAGGAAGUGGGUUUAAAGAAAUCACUGUGCUUUUAUUUUGAAAUUCACCCUUCAGGCUGAUUGAAGUUAAGAGUCCGACUGUAGCCUGUAUCUAGAACAGACGCGUCUGCCUCCUCUCUGUGAGAACAGCGCCCUCUGGUGACGGGCUGCAGUAUAGGUCAUAAACCCCGCCUCCUUAUGGAGCUGUGGACAAACUUUAUAAAUGAAUGACACAGAAUAUAAAUGUUUCUCCCCCCUGGUUGUGAUGUUGACAUGUAGUUACUGUCAGACUGGUUUGUGCUCAAGUCCUCUUUUUUCUGUACAGCUCCAUUUUUAAAAGUUAUUAGGGGGUUCAUGUUUUCUAUGAUUGACACCUGAUACAGCCAAUGGGAGGACAGAGAGUGAGUAGAUCACCGGGGGAUACGCUGUUUGAGCCGAGCGUCAUCACAGCGACUCUCCCUCUGAAUGUGAACAACGUUACUGAACAAUGUUGGUUUCAGGAAGUGGAGAAAAAACGCAGAAUUACUGAGAACUUUUCAGCUUCAAGUCCAUAAACUGGAGGAAGGAGGAACCAAGUGGUCCAGAGUAAAAAUAUGAGUCUGACCUGAAGUUCUGGUCCGUGCAGGUCCGGUCUGUGUCUUUAUUUCAGGGGUUCUGGUUCUGGUUUUUUGUUCCAGUUAAGCUGCUGAAAGAGGAAGUGACCCGACUGUUGAACUCCAAAUACUUCACCCGUCCUCCACCUCCACCUGACCACACACCUGCAGAGGAGGCGGAGCCGAGUUCAGCCAAUCACAGUAAGGAGAAGAAACUCCAACAUUUCUGAGUGAGAGCAGACGUCCUCAGAGCGCCUCCUUCAACAUCUCCUUUCUUUUUCAGUUUCUUCAAAGUCCAAAUCAACGAACCGACUUUCAAAGAGAGAGGUGAGAAAAAAAACACAAACAAACACGAAAAAAAAACACAAACAAAAAAAUGAAAAAAAAAACAAAACACAAAAAACACAAACAAACACGAAAAAAAAACACACAAAAAAAACUACAGACACAAAAAACAAACAGGAAACUUGCUUUCAUUUUAAAUUUUCAUGUCUGAUGUUCUUGUUGGUGAUCUGAGAGUUUUUAAAGGACUGAAUCUGACUGACUCCUCCCUCUUUAAACUCCUCCUCCUCCUCCUGCUCCUCCCACUCAGAGCUGGAAGGAGGACUUUCAGGCCCUGAAGGAGCGGGAGCCUCCGGACUGCUGGGACCUGGACUUGUUGGAUGGAGCAGCUUCUCCUCAAACUUCAGUUCCCAAACCGUGGAGAGGAGCCGCCGCCUUCAUCCCCAAGAACCCGGGAACCUCCAGGAACCAAUCAGCUGACUGCAAACAGGUGAGGGGGAGCAGAGACCUUUGAUUGUUUAUCGUGAUUGAUUGAUUGAUUGAUUGAUUGAUUGAUUGAUUGAUUGAUUGACGGUGGUAAGGAUGGAUCUGUGGAAACAUGAUGAUCAAAAACACGUAAAUAAAACCUUAACGUGGACUGACGUCAGAGCUGAGCGGACCGCUGUAUUUCCUGUUUCCUGUUGUUAAUGAACAAAAACCAUCCUGACACCUUCAGAAUAAAAGCAUCCACAGAAAAAAAAAUCAGACCAGGCUUUUAUUUUGAAAAUCUUCUUUGUUUAUGUUUUAAAUGUGUGACAUAAAUCACCUGAAGCUUCACUUUGACUCUUUCUGUCCGUUUGGAUCAAAAUCGACUUUUUUUUUUCUCUGCAGAGAAAAGAGAAACGAGUGAAAGGAGAUCAGAACUUCAGAGCCGUGAGUCAAAAACUAACUUAAGUCUUUAACGCCCACGGAGCGCCACGGAGCGCCACGGUCGUCACUGAGCGCCACGUUUCCUCUCCUGACAGGCUGUUCACAUGGACGUACCCGCCGACGGUUUCAGCCCCCCCUCCGCCUUACCCAAAGACCCCGUCCUGAGGAAGCAGCACCUGGAGGACCUGAUGAUGAAGAUCCACGGCUCCUUCAGCUUCAUGCAGGUGAGACCAGAACCAUCAAAUCUCAUGAACCCGAUCCACUGAGGCCAGGUUCUAAACGAGUCUGUUCUGUUCAGGACUCUCUGCUGGACGGGGACGGCUCCCCCACCAAAGGCCACCCCAGACUGAAGAGACCCACCUCUGGAUCCCCCUCCCCACUGGGUAACUCUGAGCUUUAGUGUCCAGAUCCGGGUUUUCUUGUGGAGGUUCAAACCGGGUCACAGGGUCUUUGAUGGAUGGAGGUCCUGGUCUUAAUUCUAGAUCCUCUAGAUCAUAUAUGUCAAACUCAAGGCCCGCGGGCCACAUCCGGCCCGGCAUGCAAUUAUGUCCGGCCCGCGAGAUCAUUUUGUAUUAUUGUUACGAAUGGCCCGAC